GGACGCAAUCUCCCCCAUUUGUGACGUAAUUACUUGUAGUGGAAAGUGGUUAGUUUAAUUUAGUGUUUAUUAGUAUAAUUUUGUUCAUAUCAAAUUUAGGGUUUCAAAUUUCUUCCCCAAUUCUUGCUCAUAUAUGUUCGUUUAUCACUUGUUAGGGUUUGUAAUGGAAAAAAUUGACUUGAGUCGAUUGUGUAUGGACGAGGCUGAUCCAAUGCUCAAAGCCGUAGUGCAAUGCAAACAUGGAAAUUUGUUGCAAAUGCAUACUUCUUGGUCAAAAAGUAACCCUGGAAGAAGAUAUUGGUCUUGCCCCUAUUAUGGUCCUAAAAAAUGCAAGUUUUUUCGGUGGAGAGACAAAGAUGAAGUUGAUCCAAGAUCAAAAGUUAUCCUCCCAAUAUUGGUUAACAAAAUCAGAGAUUUGGAGAAGGAAUUAGUGCAAUAUAACGGUCUCAAGAUGGAAUUGGAUGAGGUCAAAAUUAUCGACAACAAUUCGGUUAGUGUGGACAUGAAUUUGCUUGAGCUUGAUGGACCAAAAGAAGACAUAAGGAAGAACAAAGGGUGUAGGUUCAAUAGGAAUGUCAUUUUGUGUUUUGUGGUUUGUGUUGUUGUGUUCAUAAGCAGCCUAUUCCAUAUUGGCAAUUCAAACAUUGAACUAAUCAAAUUGCCAUAGUAGCAUAAAUGUGGUAGUGUGUCGGCUAUGUUGGGUAUGUUUUGUUGCCUUAUGUAUGGCAAAUUUUGUAUAUCCCCUAUGUAUUGUAUGGACCUAUUU